ACGAGAGAGGUCAAAGCAGUAACCAUGACGAUCAGGAAAAGGGUGGAGAAAGAAAAGAAGAGGACGCCGCGGGGAAGGAAGGGAAUCAGCUCCCGCUGCAGGUGCGGUGCCGCGGUAUCUCUCCCCGUAUCCAUCCAUCGCAAAGCCCCGGCCUUUUCAUCGUGUCCCCUGCUUUUUUUGCCCCCCGGAUUCCGUCCCAUUUCCCCGUUCGCGUGAGGAGAGCGCGCAGCCGAGGCGGCCCCAAGGGAGCAACAACCGAUGGCAACGCGAGCGCGUAUGGUAUGGGAUGAGCCGGCGGCGUGAGGGCGGCGUCCGGGGAUGGAGAACGGAGAUAGGGCUGGGGCCGGCGCGGGCGCCGUCGGCAGCGCUGGAAGCCUCGGCCUCCGCGUCGGGCAGGCCGUCUUCUCGUCGGCGUCCCUUCUGUUCAUGUCCGUCGGCGUCGAGUUCUUCAGUUACACCGCCUUCUGCUUCCUGGUCACGAUCAUGGGCCUGGUCAUCCCCUGGAGCUGCACGCUGGCCAUGAUCGACGUGUACUCCGUCUUCGUGGGGUGCCCUCUCCGCGUGCCCGGCGUCAUGGUCAUCGUUGUCGUGGGAGAUUGGGUGCUGUCGGUACUCUCGUUCGCGGCCGCCUGCUCGAGCGCCGCGGUGAUCGACCUCCUCCUCCAGUUCCACGGGUCCCAGUGCUCGCCGAGGUUCUGCGGGAGGUACCAGUUGUCCGUCAUGAUGGCGUUCUUGUCCUGGUUCCUGACGGCCGCUUCGGCGAUCUUCAACUUCUGGUUCGUCGCCUCCCUGUGAAAACUGCUGAUAAAAACGUUGCAACCACUCAUCGCUUUUCUUCUGGUACGGUACACGUAAUUUGGAGAGCGUAUGCUACUUCAGGUACCUUUAACGUUUGACCAAUUAGCCAGCUUGGUUUUUGAUGCACUGGUGGCAGAAUGCGUGCAGUAUAUAGCAGGUCAGGAGCCUGUUUCUGAAUUUGGCCGUUCCAGUUGAUUCUAUUUCUGUAUUUUUUUGGUUUUUAAAAGAAUAUGGUUCUAACAUAUGAAAACCUGCAUAAGGAACUAAGAGUAGUCUAAAAGUUGAACAUCUUGGUACUACAAACGGUAUAUCGACUUGUUUUUUUGGAGAGAAGAGGGCAGUAGAUAAGUGUGGUUGAUA